UGCGCAGCGCACUGGUGCCAACGGUGGAUCGGCGGCAACAAGGCGGAGGAAUCGAAGGCGUCGCCGGGCUCACGCUGCUUCGUUAGAAGGACGGAGCGAAGCAAGGACCGCGCCUCAAGAGGCACCCAAAAUGGAAAAGAGAAAGAGUGGCCAGAUAACACCUCAGGAGCCACCUAGAGCUAAGAGGGUAAGAGAGGACAUACCACAGGAAACCAGGGGAAGGCGCUCCAACCCCAACCAGCAGCCAACCACAAGCCGCAAAUACGCAGAGGCUGUGAGCAGCAUUCGGAUGGCUGUGUUGCCCCGCAACUACCCGGCGGAGGCCCUAGGAUCCGAACAACUGACGGCGCUCCAGGACUGCAUAGUGGACGCUCUGUCUGUCGGCAUAGGCUUCACCGGCGCCUUCAAUGGCAUAUUCUUCAAGGGAGGAAUGCUGCUGGUUGACUGCCAAAAUGAAAAGUCGGCCACUUGGAUACAAGGGAUCGUACCAAGACUGGAGGGUUGGAGUGGUCCGGCCCUGUGUGUAAGAAGGGGAGACGAGAUCCCACAGCUACACAACAUGGUGGCGUUCUUCCCAAGAAGCGCAGAUAAAGGCUACGACAUCGCGCUCAAUCUGGUAAGGAACCAGAACGAAGGUUUAAGUACCUCGGCGUGGAAGGUCGUAGCGAGCAAAGUUGAAGGUUCCGGGUGGAACCUCAACAUAACGAUGGACGAUGAGUCAUACAAGUAUAUCCGCCAGAAGGGAUUCAGACUAAAUUUCCGCUUCGGCAAGAUCGUCGUGAGGCCAUGGAGGCCCAAGACCACGUCUACAAGCCAGGAACCUCCGAAGGAGACGACCGCGGCUCCAGCUCCACCCGUAGCCCGCCAAGCAGCGCAUGAAGCGACUGCCGCUGUGGUUUCGUGUGAGAGAGAGGAGCCCACCAACGACACAAUUUCGGCUGGGCAGGUUGCGACCUCCAAUGAAGAAGUGAACAGCAGCAACGAGGUCCCUAAGGAGCAGGAAGGCAGGUUGCCAUCCACCCAAGAGCUCCUGGAAGGGCUGGAGAUGCAGGUCGAUGGAGGGAUUGAGGACGAGGACCCGUCUCUCGUCGAACCUGAACUAUAAUCUCCAGUACCGGCAUAGAGGUGGCUCAGGUGAACCUCCAUCACGCAUCGGCAGCCUCGGCGGUCAUCGUGAAGAGGUUCAUCUCGGAUAACCUGGGCAUCAUCUUAAUCCAGGAACCUUGGGUGUUCAGAGGAGAGGUAAGAGGCCUCAACACAAGAAAGAGCAAGAGUUUCUAACGCAAGAUCUGGUGGCAGUACAGAUAAAGGACAAGGAAGGAUCGGACUUCGUCCUCGCAUCCGCAUAUUUUCCGGGAGAGACGGCCACGGCACCCCCCCCAUUGAUACUAAAACUAGUGGAGCACUGCAAGGCCAACAAUCUGCCCCUAACCAUAGGUUGCGAUGCCAAUGCGCACCACACGGAAUGGGGCAGCACGGACUGUAACGUGAGGGGAAAAUACUUUGAUUUGAAUAAUGAUAACGACGUUCAAGCUGCAUUAGACCUCUUAGACGAUUCUGAUGCAGAUUUCAGUGACGAUAAUGAUAUUGAUGAGGAAAUUUGGGUACCAUUCAACAUUUUCCCAGAAUCUCCAGCAAGUGAUGAAGAUGAUAAUGAGAAUGCAACUGCAUCUGCGACUGCAUCAGCAAUUUCUCAGGAUGAUUCAAGUGUAGUAGCUCCGCAAACAUCACGGCCAAUCAUUAUUUCUAAUAUUUUGUUAAAUGCAGCACAGCCAUCAUCUAUCAGAAAUGUUUCACUAAAUACGACUCAGUCAUGCACUUCCACAAGUAAUACAGCGAAAAGACGUCAACUAUGGAAAAGUGCUCCAUUUGAUUGCAACGAUCUACCCAUUGCAUCUGGUUGUCAAAACAUAGCAUUAGUGAAAACACCAUUGGAGUACUUCAAGAAUUACUUCCCAGAAUCGCAUUACGACGAUGCCAUAAAAUUUACAAAAAUGUACGUUAUGAGCACACGUGGGCAGGAAGUCCGAUAUCAACAAGCCGAUUUUAAACGAUUUUAUGGAUGCGCAAUGAUAAUGGGGUGUCUUGGAUUUCCGAAAAUAAGAAUGUACUGGUCACAUGAAUUCCAAAUUCCUGCAAUUUACAAUUCAAUGUCACGUGACAAAUUUUUGCAAAUGCGAUCGGACAUUCACUUUGCAGAUGUUUCUGUGCCAGACCCCUGUAACAAAUUAUGGCGCGUACAACCUGUGAUCGAUUUAGUAAGAAACCGUUGCAAUAAUUUAGCAACUGAAAUAACACAGCAUUUAAUAGAUGAACAAGUUGUUCCAUUUACUGGAAGAUGCCCUGCGCGUCAAACAAUUCGAUCAAAACCAAGACCUACUGGUCUAAAAAAUUUGGUAUGUGCAACUGUAAGUGGGAUGAUAGUGGACAUUGAAGUUUUUCAAGGCGCUGGCACUUUUCAAGAUUGUGGUUUAGGGCAUGGCGCGUCUAUUAUAAUGAGGCUAACAAAACACCUCCCAAAAGGCAGCCAUAUAUAUUUCGAUCGCUUUUUCACAACAAUACCCCUCAUUCAGUCGGUGCACCAAAUCGGUUUCCAUGGAACAGGAAUUAUAAUGGCAAAUCGAUUGGACAAAAAUUUGAAAUUUCCCCAGGACAAGGAAAUGAAUAGGGGUGAUAUUAUCCAGUUCACGAACGGUGACAAUGUAGCCGUUGUCAAAUGGAAAGAUAGCAAAGGUGUCGUAGUCGUUUCCAGCCAGUGCGGCAAAGAUCCCAUCGGCGAGACAGAUAGGUGGAACAAAAAUAUGAAACGCCGUUGCCCUGUGCAUAUCGCAAAAGUUAUAGAAAAUUAUAAUGAACUUAUGGGGGGUGUCGAUAUAGCUGACCAGAUGCUUGAAUACUACAGGAUAAAAAUGAAAACCAGGAAAUGGACUGUAAAAGUAUUUUUUCAUUUUCUUGAUCUGGCUGUAUUCAACUCAUGGAUGGAGUCUAAAAGAGAUGCCAAAUUAGCUGGUCUGCAUAGGUCCAAAGUUAAGACCUUUUUAACGUUCGAAAUGAAGAUUUGAUCGCUACGAUCAUUGGCCCUCAUUCGCAGAUGAGACACCUAGAGCUUGCCGCAAUAAUUGCGGUAGUCGGUCAAGAGGACGAUGCCAAAAAUGCCACGUCAGCCUUCGUCUAGCAAAAAAACAAGGAUUGUUUGGAACAGUACCACACAAAAGACUAAAUAUGUUCCUUAUUAAUUAGCUAUUUUAUUCCUAAGGCAAUGACGUACCUAACAGUUUUUUCUAUUAAUGCACUGAAUUUUCGGCAUGACUUUUUGUUCAUUUUUUUUUUCAAUAAAAGAGAAAACCAAAUAUUAUUUUUGUGUCUUAUUUCUUGGAGCAAUUUUUCAGCCUAAGACCUAGGUAUCACAAUUGUGCGAUGUCCUUUUUCCAAAAAAAAUCAUUACAGUCAUGUUCAUCAUGUAAUUUGUGAUCAAAAAAUGCAAAACUUUCUUUCAGAUAGUUGAUUUCAGUGGAAUUAGAAGGAAUCAAAAGCAUAGGUCUGAAA